GAGACCCCUACUUUGCGAGACUACCGCGCAACGAUCUCUUUGCCGUUACUCCACACGUGGUAGAUUCGUAAGUCGCCGCCUCUGAUUAAAAGUGUAAUUUGUGAGAUCAAAGACACAUCAGCUGCGAUUGUUCAAAAUUUAGAGUUGAAAAAGAAAGAGAAAAAAAGGGAAAUAGGAGCAAGAAAAAAAAAAGAAGAAAAAAGUAUAAAGAGAAAUUAUUUACUUUGAAUCAUUAUUAAUCCUUAUAUCAUUCGCUAUCUAUUUAUAACGCAGUGUUCUAAAUAUCAAGAUAAACCAAUCAAGAUGGCAAAAAAUUCUUCGAAUAUUCUUGCUGAAGAUAUGGAGGCACGUCUACAAAUGAUUAUUAAUGAAGGAGCAAAAACUCUAAUGGACUUCGAAAACGCGAAACCAGAAUUACCGUCGUUCUACGACGAGAAGAAAUUCCGAUUAGGACAGCAAGCAUUUUGCAACAAUAUAUUUUCUAUGAUGAUAGCAAAACUUUGCGGCCUAUUGUCCCUUUUAGCAAUACCAAGCGUUUUGAAUGUACUUGCAUUCAGGAAGAAGAGAACUGCUUGUCUGGCGUAUAAAAGAUAUGCAGAAACAAUUCUGCAUACAAAAAUUUGGCUUGAAAAGGAUCCCAAUGGCCAACCUAAUGAAUUCUUGGAAUCAAUAAAAAUUGUGAGACGAAAGCAUUGUUGUGCGUUUAAAGCCAGUACCAAGGCUGGUUUUAAGCCAACGCAAUAUGAUAUGAUACUUACGCAAUUCGGAUUUAUUGGAUACAUUUUAGUAAGCCAGGAGUAUCUAGGGAUAAAAACCACUUCUGAGGAAAUGGAGGGUGUAGUGCAUAUCUGGAGAGUCAUUGGUAGCAUGCUCGGCAUAGAAGACAGAUUCAAUCUCUGCUCGGGGACAGUUGAAGAAACUCGUGCCCUUUGUCAAAGGUUAUUGGAAGAAGUUUUCGUUCCUGCCUUGUCAAAGGAAGGAAGGAAGAAAAACGUGCAUUUUGAUUAUAUGAGCAAUGCGCUGCUGAAGGGUGUCUGGUCCAUCAGCACUAGUGUCGAUUCAAUAGGCUUCUUAGCCUUUACCCUUUACUUGGCUUCUUCAACUGCGCGUAACAAAAAUCACUCCAUCGAAAUGGAUUCACGGACUAUGCCGUUUUACAGCUGGUACUUGUUCAACUGGCAGCAUUUUAUUUUCAAGUACUUGAUGAGGCCUAAUGCCUGGUGGUCUUCAAUAUUCCGUGCAAUUUUUAAUACUUCAAUGCGACUCUCAAUUUUCUGGCUAAAACAUUUUUCGUUCCUUGCUUACUGGACAUUCGGAAAAAAAUAUGCAAAAGUUAAAAUUUGAAAUAUUUCAUCGUCACUUUGAUUAAAAAUUUAAUAAAAUUAAUAUUUUUUUAUUAUUUUAUUAG